UCCACGGCGCCGGGGCGAAGAGAAGGAAGCAGUUGCCGGAGACAUGAGUGGGCUCGCUUUGCUUUUGCGAGCGGCGCGAACGGCGCUCCCACCCGGGGCCAGGCUGUUUCGCACCGGCUGCCCUCGGCCCGCUUUUGUUAAGGAGCUUUUCAUGGGGAACUUCCAAGAGAAGGAAGUUUUUCCUUAUCCUGAAAUUAGUAAUGAAGAAUUGCAAGAAAUCAAUGACUUCGUAGCACCAGUGGAAAAAUUCUUCCAGGAAGAAGUGGAUUCUAAGAAAAUUGAUCAAGAUGCUAAAAUUCCACAAGAAACUCUUAAUGGGCUGAAGAGCCUGGGCCUUUUUGGCAUACAGAUACCAGAGGAAUAUGGUGGCCUUGGUCUUUCAAAUACAAUGUAUGCCCGUCUAGGAGAAAUAACUUCUCAAGAUGCAUCCAUUGCCGUAACUUUGGCAGCUCAUCAGGCUAUAGGGCUAAAGGUAGUUUUUUCCUUUAUUAAUGUAUUGAUUUUUGAUUUUGACUUCAGUAGUUCAAUUCAGCUACCAAAUCCCAUUUUCCUGAUUUACCUGUAUUACAGUGGUAGUGAUGCCGCAUCCAUUCAGACCAGAGGCACUUUGAGUGAAGAUGGAAAGCAUUACCUAUUAAAUGGUUCAAAGAUAUGGAUAUCCAAUGGUGGUAUUGCAGAUAUCUUUACUGUGUUUGCAAGAACUGAGGUUGUUGAUGAAGAUGGUGUAUUCAAAGACAAAAUUACUGCUUUUAUUGUAGAAAGAGCUUUUGGUGGAAUCACUAGUGGAAAAGCAGAGGAUAAACUGGGGAUACGUGGAUCUAACACUUGUGAAGUUCACUUUGAAAAUACAAAAAUUCCUAUAGACAAUGUUAUUGGAGAAGUUGGAGGAGGGUUUAAGGUUGCUAUGAAUAUUCUAAACAGUGGAAGAUUUAGCAUGGGCAGUGCUUCUGCCGGAAUACUUAAGAAACUGAUUGAAAUGACUGCAGAGUAUGCUUGUACAAGAAAACAAUUCAAUAAGAAGCUGAGUGAAUUUGGAUUAAUUCAGGAGAAAUUUGCCCUUAUGGCUAGGCAAGCUUAUGUAAUGGAAAGCAUGGCCUAUCUCACUGCAGGAAUGAUGGACAGGCCAGGAAUCCCAGAUUGCUCGGUUGAAGCUGCCAUUGUUAAAGUGUUCAGUUCAGAAGGUGCUUGGGUUUGUGUGAGUGAAGCACUGCAAAUUCUUGGAGGCCUUGGCUAUAUAAAAGACUAUCCAUAUGAGCGCUAUCUCCGGGAUAGUAGGAUACUUAUGAUUUUUGAGGGAACAAAUGAGGUUUUGAGGAUGUAUAUUGCUUUGACCGGCAUACAGUAUGCAGGCAAAAUCUUAACUGAAAGAAUAAAAGAAUUCAAGAAAAGAAACGUAAAAGUGAUGUGGAAUCUAGUUUUAGGCAGGCUGUUUGGCAGCAAGCCUCCGAGCAUAGGAGUAAUUGGACAAGGGGGAGUAGUUCAUCCCAGUCUCAAAGAAAGUGUUGAGAAACUUGAGCAAAACGUCUUUGAGUUUGGAAACACAGUUGAAAAUUUACUAGUGAGGUUUGGCAAGACUAUUGUGGAUGAGCAGAUGAUUCUUAAAAAAGUGGCAAACAUUGUCAUUAAUUUAUAUGCAAUGACUGCAGUCAUAUCCAGGGCUACCCGAUCUAUGUGCAUUGGUUUGAACAAUCAUGAUCAUGAGGUGCUGCUUGCAAAUAUUUUCUGCACUGAAGCUUGUUUUGAGAAUAAUUACACAAUGGUAUCAUUACAAAAAGAUUCUCCUGAAAACCUGGAUGAGGACAUUAAAAAAGUGGCAAAUCAAGUGCUGGAAAAAAGAUCUUAUAUUUGUUCGCACCCCCUAGAUAGGACUUUCUGAAAGCUGAAAAAUAUUACUAGAGCCAGAGAACAUAGUAACUGAAUGUAUUCCAACUGGAUCCUCGGGUAUAUUCUUUGAUGUGAGGCAAAAUGCAUAACUAAUAACAUACACGGUUUCAUAUUUUACAGUGCAAUUUUAUAAAAUACAAAUAAAGUAAUAAAUUACAUAAGCCUGCUU